AAUAAUACGAACUAUAUUUUUAAUUAUAGUAAAGUCCAAAUCCAAAAAUACUGCACAAGUUGCAAUUAUUGAAGCACGAGUGCUUCAUUUCUUGACUGGAAACUUCGAACGAUGGACCGGCCAUUGUUUUUUUUGUUUGCUUGCUUCCUUCCUUUCUUUCAGUUCUAACAAUUAAUGGGUUUCUCUCAAUUCUCAAACUUCCCUUCUUCUUCUUCUUCGUUUUGCUGUACCCACCUUCGAUUUGUGGUUCAUCUGCUAGAAAAAGGGGUUUUCUUUAGACAUGGGUAUUUGCUUAGGAACCCCUGCUAACACUGAUGAUCGUCAUUCUACAGGUUUUGGAGCAAAAGUAGCACCCGGCAAUCAAGUUCCGAACCCACAGACGCAUUCGUCGGUUUCGUGCGACGCCCUCAAAAGAUCGCUAAGCGAUUUAUCCUUCUCGAGCAACCUCAAAUCGUUCACCUCGAACGAUCUCAAGAACGCCACCAAGUCCUUCUCCGCAGACAGCCUAAUCGGAGAAGGAGGUUUCGGUUACGUCUUUAAAGGAUGGAUUAACGAGACCACUUUGGCUCCUAGCAAACCGGGAACCGGUACAGUUGUCGCCGUUAAAAAACUCAAGCCACAAAGCUUUCAAGGCCACAGAGAAUGGCUCAAUGAGGUUAAAUGCUUAGGGCAGCUUCAACACGAGAACUUGGUUAAGCUGAUCGGAUAUUGUUCGGAAUCUAAAAACAGAAUGCUUGUUUACGAAUUCAUGCCUAAAGGAAGCUUGGAGAAUCACUUGUUCAAGAGAGGAGUACAGCCGAUGGCGUGGUGUACGAGAAUGCAGAUAGCGAUUGAUAUUGCGAGAGGAUUGACGUUCUUGCAUAGUUUAAAUGCCAACAUAAUUUACCGCGAUUUAAAGGCUUCCAAUAUUCUAAUUGAUUCGAAGUUUCGUGCGAAGCUUUCGGAUUUCGGGCUUGCAAGAAAGGGCCCGAGCGGAGAUGGAACUCAUGUCUCGACUAGAGUUGUCGGUACAAUGGGUUAUGCUGCUCCAGAAUACGUGGCUUCAGGGCAUUUGACUGCAAAGAGCGACGUGUACAGCUUCGGAGUGGUGCUGUUGGAGCUGAUAUCCGGAAAAAGAGCGAUGGGCGACGAGACGAUCGGCGGUGCAGAAGGCACAUUGGUCGAUUGGGCAAAGCAAUAUUUAGGAGACGGAAGGCAAGUUUCUAGAAUCAUGGACACGAAGUUGAGGGGCGAAUACCCGAAGAGGGGGGCCCAGGCCUCCUCUUCUCUUGCUUUGAGGUGCCUCUUUAACGAUCCCAAAAACAGACCGUCUAUGGUUGAGGUUCUUGCUGACCUGGAGCAACAGCUGGCGCUUCAAACUUCUCCGCAAGCCAAGCUGGAGCAUCGUAUCAAAACAUUGUCCUCUCACAGAUGAAUUGAGUCGAGCAGGCUUGUUUGAAUCUUUAUCGAGCUUUAGAAAUUGUUAGCUGGCAGAGAGCUGAAUCGAGCUCGAGUAACUUGAUUCUGUAUGUACAUAUUUGAUUGUUUUUUGUUCUGAUUGAGCUCGAGUCGAACUUAGUAUAUUUAUAGAAUAAAAAUACAUGUUAAAGCUUGGUUCGUUGUCUUAGUGAAUCGAGCCCGCAUAAGCCUUUGAAGGUCGAUUUGUAAUCGAGUAACGUAGUUCAAAUUUGGUAAAUAUAGUAUUCUUGAUGUUUGGGGUGAAUGUACGAAUUCGGUUACGAGCUUCGAAGAUGUUGGUAAUGACAAAAUUCGUGAUUAAAAAGGUUGA